CUUUGAUCUGCAUACAAGAGAGUUGUCACACCAUGGUCACGCACAGUUAUCACAUGACUGUCACAUGACGUACAAGGCACAUGAUCUCGCUGAUAGACGUUCUUAUAGAAGCGAAAGGAACGGUGCUCGUAGUGUUUCACAGUAUUGACUGAACCAGUUCUCAGUAACCUCCAAGAGUGGAUGAUGAAGUCAAAGUAUUCAUUUACACUGGGAAUUCUUCUGCUAACAGAUUUGUUUUUUUCAAGCAACUGCCAGAGAGCACUCCGUGCCAUGUUUCCAAAAGUUCCUCCAUUCAUGUUACAAAAUGGCAUUGACCCUGGUAGCCCUCUUUUCUUAACUCCUUAUCUAGAGAAAGGUCAAGCAGAUGAAGCACAUUUUUUAAGUGAGGUGACAGCCUUGCCAGGAUGGUAUAGAAAAAGUUACUCUGGCUUUAUCACAGUCAAUGAAACUUAUAACAGCAACAUGUUUUUCUGGUUUUUUCCCUCCCAGACUGAUCCAGCAAAUGCACCUGUGCUGAUGUGGCUGCAAGGAGGCCCCGGUGGUUCCUCUCUUUUUGGGCUGUUUGUAGAACAUGGCCCAUUCUACAUCAAUGAAAAUACAAAAUUGUUGCCGAGAAAUGUCACUUGGAAUGAAAAGUAUUCUCUGCUAUAUGUUGACAACCCAGUGGGAACAGGCUUUAGCUUUACCAAGGCUGAUCAAGGUUAUGCUCAAAAUGAGGAAGAUGUUGGAAGGGAUCUGUAUAGUUUUCUGGAGCAGUUCUUUCAAAUUUACAAGGAAUAUCAACAAAAUGAUUUUUAUGUUACUGGAGAGUCUUAUGCAGGGAAAUAUGUUCCAGCCAUUUCCUAUAAAAUUCAUACAGAAAAUCAAGGUCAUCCAAAGGUCAUGAUCAACUUCAAAGGAAUGGCCAUUGGAGAUGGGUUAUGUGACCCUUUAACGAUGAUGCCUAAGUAUGCAGAUUUCAUGUUCAACCUAGGCCUUCUUGAUGAAAACCAGCGUGAUUACUUCCAGUCUAUGACAGAUAAAGCAGUAGUGUACAUCCAGAAUCAACAAUACCUUGAAGCAUUUAAGUUGUUUGACAUGCUUCUAAAUGGAGAUAUAACAAAAGAAGUACCAUACUUCAAGAAUGUCAGUGGGCUUUCUGAUUAUUAUAAUUUUCUUCAUACACAGUCACCAACACAGUAUGAUUAUUAUGGCACAUUUCUGGCAGACCCAUUAGUAAGGCGUGCCAUCCAUGUUGGGAACCUGACUUACAAUGAUGGUCUGGCUGUGGAAACGCAUCUGCUUGAAGAUAUAAUGGCUUCUGUUAAACCCUGGAUUGCUGUUUUAAUGGACAACUACAAAGUAAUGAUCUAUAAUGGUCAGCUGGAUAUCAUCAUAGCUGUACCACUGACAGAAGCUUGGUUACAAACUGUUGAGUGGUCAGGAUUGCCACGUUACAAAACUGCUGACCGCCUUAUUUGGAAGGUGAAUCCAUCAGAUUCAGAGGUGGCCGGGUAUGUCCGACAGGUGGACAACUUUUAUCAGGUGAUAGUUCGCAAUGCAGGUCACAUACUUCCUGCUGAUCAACCUGUGUGGGGCUAUGACAUGAUUCAGAGAUUUGUGGAAAACAGAAGCUUUGCCUGAUCUGACUGUCCAUUGUCUUUUGUAAACCUGCAACUUAAUAGUUACCAAAGGCUUUGCUAAAUUUACACACAGAAUGAAAAAAAAAUAUAUAUAUAUACACACAUAUAAUUUACACACACACACACACACCUGAAUUUUUAUGAGUAGGCGUCUCAUUAUCUGUGCUCAAUUCUGCUGUUUUGAACAUCCCAUUAUUCAUGUAAAUGGUCAGAGACAGAAUCUGUCAUACAGAACUACUUUUUGCUACACUAUGAAUUGUGAAUGUCUGGAUACAAACACGUUUGCGAGCUGACUGAAAUCACUUUUUUGGCAUGAAAACAUGCCCUGAUUGUUAUUUCAGCAAUUAAUAUUUGAAGCUCAUACAAUUUUGUUCAUUAUAGUUUACACAGUUUUGCCCUUUAAGACAGGUGUUUAAUACUUGUUGCAAUUUUACACUGUACCUGAUGUCACUUAUUAGAUACCUUUUCUACUUACAAUAGCUGAUACUUUCAAUUGAAGAGUUGCUAAAGGGUGAUGAUUUAUGUCAUCCUUACAUUACCAGUUUAAGAUGUCAUUAAAUUUUGUUAUCUGUAAAAA